CAUCGCCUUCACCGAUUCCCCCCGUUCGAGCCCAACAGACGGAGACUGCGCUCACCGUCGGCUUAUUUAUUAGCGAACGUAAAGCACAAGUUAAAGGCGGAUUUGUAUGUCGUUGUGACGAUAUUGUUUUUUUUUGUUUGUUUGUUUUUCAUGAUAAUGGCUAAAUGCGCCGUGGACAGUUGCUUCGAGUCCGAUUUGUUGACCCACGACUGGCCGUGAGCCUCAUCAGGACACGCGCUGCAGCGAAGUCACGAAGAACGAAAAAAAACGGGAUUUUAGCAUAACAUUGUCCGAUCGUUUCUAUUUUUUUUUAUCAGAAACGACAACACUUUUCUUUUUAAUUGCCGCGACAAAAUGGACCGCGGUGGCUGUCAAAUGAGUGGCGGCGGUGGUGGAGGUGGCAGCGGCCCCGGAGGUGGCAGCGGCCCCGGCGACGGCGGUGGCGGCAUGAUCACACUGGAGGACUUGGAGUCUUUCUCCGAGGACCAGCUGUCCGACUCCGGCAACGGCAGCCUGGAGGACGACGAAGAAGACGCCGACCGACUGCUGCACUACUGGCAGGACGUAGCCAGAGGACACCAAGUGGAAGUUGCAAAGGAAAUGUCCGAACCCAUUCAACAGCUUACCUCCAAUAACAACGGACGCAGUAACAGAGAACACAUCCCUUUUACCCUCCUGUCUCGGAAAGAAAAGUGCGGGGAGCUGCUAUUCGAGAAGCGGCAUUAUGAAAAGGGCCACUGGGCCUCCAUAACAAUGCGCGAGGAGACGUACGAACAGAGCAUCUGCUACGGCUUCAUGAGGAUAAUGAGAUACAUCUGCCAGCAGAACUCCUUAGGCGACUACCUGGGCAUGUCACUGCCCAUUGUGACUGUGGUGCGCACAGACGAGAACCAUUCGACCAUCGCCCAGGAAGUGACUGUGGCGUAUUACCUGCCCACCAACCACCAGGCGCAGCCCCCUCAACCUCAUGACCGUGACAUCAUCAUCGAGAUCUGGCCCGCAGCUGUUGUGUACACGAGGCCCUUCACUGGCCCCACAAACGAGUUUACUAUCGUGGAUCAGAUCAACACCAUGGCUGAGCUGCUCGAGUCCCCUGGCAUGUGCGUCAAUGACUCGUUCAUCGUGGCCGGCUACACCAACCCGGCGCACAGCCAGCGCCAGAACGAGAUCUGGUUCCUGGAGCGCCGUUAAUGGGGUACAGCCGAAUGAGGCAUUUCACCAGUGAACCCCCACCCCCGGCACCCUUGGAGCCUCAUAAAGACUCAUCUCUAUUCCACCACCUCUGCCCAGUCCACAGCUCAUAGAUGCAACAUCGUCCUUUUCCUCGUCACGGCCUCAUCUUACCAGCGCACUACCCAUUCAAACGGCAUAGUCAAACCCUUGGGAGUGCUGUAAUAAAGCCGCUAAAUUAUCCUCAGUAUCGGACGUGCCGCCUAAUCAUGGUGCAUUUUUAUUGUCCAUAGCGCCGCUUUCUCUGUCGCAUUUCAUCUUGCCGAGUUGCUGAUGUCAAAACUGUCAGUGUUGAUGCACUUGUUCUAUUGUUCAAAUCUCGAGAUCGCUGCAGGUUAAAUGGUUUCACGAGAUGAUUCAAUCAACAGGUUACCACACAACCAGUCACUAAACCAUUUUUCUUUCUCUCUAGCUUGGACCAUUAAAGUGUUAACGUGGUGAGUCGGUAGCGAGGGGAGGUGGGAUGUAGUUUCUGUGUAGUGUGCAACACGAUGGAUGCCAAUAACUACCUAACUGAAUCAAACUUGACACAAAUUGAGAAAUACAUCAAUGUGUGUGUGUGUGUGUGUGUGUGUGUGUGUGUGUGUGUGUGUGUGUGUGUGUGUGUGUGUGUGUGUGUGUGUGUGUGCGCGUGUGUGCGUGUGCAAAACCAAACUAUUGCUGGAUGACAAUCAAAAGCACUUAAAUAGAUCCGUUGCAAACAAGGCAAAGCAUUCCUCAUGGUUCCUCCACCUGGGAAUUGUUCGUGAGUACGUAGUCACUACUGUAUACCGCGACAACCACCACCGCUGCUGAUGAGUAGAAACAUUGCAAACAGAUGCGCCACCGAGAUCCGUUUCUUAGACCGAGACCACCAGGAAACCAAAAUGUUACGUUGAAACUGUUUAUUUGUGAUGUUUUGUCUUAACGAUGAAUAAAUACCUGUACCACUUGGAGACAACGGUUCUGUUGAGAAGGGUUGAUACAUUGGCUAUUAGGGGUGGGUGUCCUUGCAAAGUGUUGCUGAAAUAUCUGCAUUGGUAAUGUUUAUAUAGUCGCUAUAUUUUCAGUUUAACCUUACCAAUCCACCAGAUGUUCUGAAAGAUGUUUUUGUUUGUUUAAAAGAUUCAAUAUAUGAUUCUAUGAAUGACAGGAUGUUAAAGUAUCAUUUCCUCAAAAAUGAUGAUAGAAAAUUACAUUUGGUUUGCCCAAGUGGCCAUUAAACAAAAAGAAACAAAUCCAAAGAUGUUAUUUUU